AUGCUUUUCUCUCAGUCUAUCGGAGUUGUGGCCCUUGCCACAUUGGCCACUGCUGCCCCGGAGCGAAAGACUCUCGCAACCCGAGAAGUUGGAAGACUCCCAGCUUUGGGAUGGAACGGCUGGAACCAAGGACAAUGCAAUGCGGCCAGCGAGAAGGUCGCUUUGGCCACGGCCAAGACCUUCAUCAAUCUCGGUCUCAAGGACGCUGGAUACCAAUACAUCAACAUCGACGAUUGCUGGUCUACGAGACAGCGUGACUCAAAGGGCAACCUUGUACCCGAUCCCAGCAAGUGGCCAAGAGGUAUCAAGCCCGUCGUCGAUGAGAUCCAUAAAAUGGGUCUUAAGUUUGGUCUCUACGGUGACAGAGGUGUCAAGACUUGUGCUGGGUUUCCCGGAAGUCAAGGUCAUGAGAAGCAAGAUGCCGACUUGCUUGCCAGCUGGGGUGUCGACUACUGGAAGUACGACAACUGUUACACGCCAUGCUACAACGGCAACCAAGCCGACAUCCAGACCUGCCCCAUCGGCAAGGGUCCUAGCUCCAGACCCGGAUACGAAUUGAUGAGAGACAUGCUCCGCAACACAGGAAAGGACAUCCUCUACUCCCUCUGCAACUGGGGCUGGGAUGAGGUCUGGACUUGGGGUGCUUCCGUCGGCCACAUGUGGCGUAUGAGUGUCGAUAACUGGGGUAAAUGGGACGACGUUGUGCGAAUUGCCAACCAGGCUGCACCUAUCCUCAAGUACACCCAGCCUGGCCGCUACAAUGACCUCGACAUGAUGAUUCUUGCCAACGGUGCUUUGACACCAGCUGAGGAGCGAACUCACUUCGCAAUCUGGGCCAUCACCAAGUCCCCCAUCAUCCUCGGAACAGACAUGACCAAGAUUAACAGCGACGAGAUCAAGCUCAUCACCAACAAGGGCCUCCUCGCGGUCAACCAAGACUCACUGUCAAAGCCUGCCGUGCCUUUCACCCCUCCCGGAACCCCUGCCAAAGCCAACAACGAGAUCUACCCUUACUGGUCAGGACCUCUGGCGUCCGGAACCGUUGUCGCCAUUGUCGCAAGCAAGGGCAACCUCGACACUACUCUGAGCCUCUCACAAGUUCCUGGACUGAAGGACCAGGACUACUCAUGGACUGAGCUCUUGACUGGUGCCAAGGGCAGAGGCAGAACUGUUCGGGCCAAGUUGGAGAAGCAUGACGUUGCUGUUUUCCGCAUCGACAACUAG